AUGGUUGAUGAGGCACCUGUCGACCUGAGUCCGGAAAUCGACUUGAAAACGUUUCGCUACCAUUCGGAGGAAUACCAUCAGUGCGCGGCCAACGUUCCAGUCCUUUGGGAACCAGCGAAAACCGAGGGGCCAACUCCAAGUUGGUUCACUCAGGCUCAAACUUCCAUUUAUCAUCUUCUGCUGAUUCAAGCUUUCCGCCCGGAUAGGCUGCUUGCAUCCGCACACCGUUUGGUUUCAGCCGCUUUAGGUGAAACUUUCAUGGACGAGGCCAGAGGGCAUUUGGAUCUUUUGUCCAUUGUGGAACAGGAGAUACGAUCAAAUAUGCCGAUUCUACUUUGCGCUGUACAGCCUCCUGUUGAUCAUGCACCAUCUGUUUCAACUUUGCAUUGGCAGCUUCGUUCAUCUGUUCCAAUUCUUGGCGUUUUUGGGUCAAUGACUUCUGCAUAA